CUUUGGGGAUUUCUGAUUCUUCUCGUGCUUGCAGGUACUAAUAUCCAAACGAACGAGGAAGUUGCAAUUAAGCUCGAAAACGUCAAGACAAAGCACCCGCAGUUGCUAUAUGAAUCAAAGCUCUACAAGAUCCUGCAAGGAGGAACUGGAAUCCCUAAUGUGAGGUGGUUUGGUGUUGAGGGUGAUUAUAAUGUCCUUGUAAUGGAUUUACUAGGACCAAGUCUUGAAGAUUUAUUCAACUUUUGCAGCCGUAAACUCUCUCUGAAGACUGUUUUGAUGCUUGCGGAUCAGAUGAUUAAUCGAGUGGAAUUUGUGCAUUCUAAGUCCUUUCUGCACCGGGACAUCAAACCAGAUAAUUUUAUUAUGGGUCUUGGCAGACGAGCUAAUCAGGUUUACAUAAUUGAUUUUGGUCUGGCAAAGAAGUAUAGGGAUACUUCAACACAUCAGCAUAUUCCAUAUAGAGAGAACAAAAAUUUGACUGGGACAGCAAGAUAUGCGAGUGUGAACACACAUCUCGGCAUAGAACAAAGCAGGAGGGAUGAUCUUGAAUCUCUUGGAUAUGUUCUUAUGUACUUUCUAAGAGGAAGCCUUCCUUGGCAAGGUCUAAAAGCAGGAACCAAGAAGCAGAAGUAUGAAAAAAUUAGUGAAAAGAAAGUUGCCACAUCAAUUGAGGCUUUAUGCAGGGGAUAUCCUUCAGAGUUUGCUUCGUACUUCCAUUAUUGCCGUUCACUUCGAUUUGAGGAUAAGCCUGAUUAUGGAUAUCUGAAGAGAUUGUUCCGUGACCUUUUCAUCCGUGAAGGUUUUCAGUUUGAUUAUGUAUUUGAUUGGACCAUUUUAAAGUAUCAGCAAUCGCAGAUAGCUGGUGCUCCUGCACGUGCUAUUGGUGCAAGUGCAGGACCAAGCUCUGGCUUGGCUCCUGCUGUGGCCAAUGAUAGGCAGUCAGGUGAGGAAGGAAGGGCAAGUGGUUGGUUGGCUAUGGACCCUUCUCGUCGGGGACGAGUUACACCUCCACCUGUAAAUGCAAGCAGCUCGUCAAAGCAGAAGGCCCCUGUGGGGAAUGAUACAUCUGCCAGUAAAGAUGCUAUGUUUUCCAGUUCAACCUUUAUGGGACGAUCAAGCGGUUCAUCAAGGCGAGCUGCUGUUUCUAGUAGCCGAGACAUGGUGGGCCCUGACACAGAUCAAUCUCGCACUCGUACUGCUGAGGCCAGCCCAGUGACUUUCCACAAGGUUUCGAGUGCUCAAAGAAAUUCGCCUGCAGAGCACAAGCAUACUUCAUCUGGAAGGAAACCAUCUGCAAUCAAGAAUUACGAGUCCACGCUCAAAGGCAUCGAGGGCCUUAAUUUUGAUAGCGAGGAAAGGAACCAGUUAUAGAAAUUGCAAGUCCUGCUGCGACUUCCAUCCUUGUUCCUCUGUAGACAUCCAUUAACUAAAAUGAAAGUACAACUUGGUAUUUUUCUUUCC